AUUGCCCUAAUUAAUAUAGUACAAUUAAAAGAUGUGUGGGAGAGAGAGAGGGGGAAAAAAGAAUUAAUAAAGCAUUUUGAGGUUGGACCAUAGCAUGUCUCCUCCAUGAUAUGAUCUAAUUCUUUCAUUUUCUUGUGUUUCCCCCCUUCUAUUACUCCUCCACUCAACAAAAUUCUUGUUCCCUUCUGAUCUAAUUCAACUCUACUCCAAAACAUUUGCCUUUGUUUUGUUUGUAAAAUCUAAUCCUGAAGAGAUCAUAUGUCAAGUAGUAAAGGCAAGGAUGUUCAUGAAGGUUCAUCAUCAAAUUCCUCUUCUUCUUCGUCAGCUCUAAUGGUUGUUGUUGACGAUCAGAAUCAUCAUCAUCAUCAUCAUCAACAACAACAACAACAGUUUGAACGAGGAGAUGAAGCAGCACCAACACCAGUGAUUAGUCGGUACGAGUCACAAAAGAGGAGAGAUUGGUACACAUUUGGACAAUAUUUGAGGAACCAAAGGCCACCAUUGGCUAUAUCACAAUGCAAUUCAAGUCAUGUUUUGGAAUUCCUAAGAUAUCUAGACCAAUUUGGGAAGACAAAAGUGCAUUUAAAUGGGUGUGGUUUCUUUGGAGAACCUGAGCCAGCAGGGCCUUGUACUUGCCCUCUUAGACAAGCUUGGGGCAGCCUUGAUGCUCUUAUUGGCCGCCUUAGAGCUGCUUAUGAAGAAAAUGGAGGCUCAUCAGACACUAAUCCAUUUGCUAGUGGUGCUAUUAGGGUUUAUUUAAGGGAAGUUAGGGACUCUCAAUCCAAGGCCAGAGGAAUCCCAUAUAAGAAGAAGAAGAAAAAGAAGAUUCCAAUUAACACUCAUCAACAAGGGGCCUAAGAGAAGGAGUAGUGAGCAGUUGAUGUGUUUUUGGAGGGUGUCAGUUGCAAUAUGAGAUUAAACAACAACACAUGCAUGCAAAAAAGCUCUUUUUGAGUUAAAAGUAAUUUUAAUUAAGUUGUUUUUUCUUCUUCUUCUCUCUUUUUUCUUUAAUCUUUCUUAUACCUUAAAAGCAUUGUGGGUUUUUCUAUUUUAUUUUGGUUCUUCAAAUUGCCAAUUUAUGGAUCAAAUAUGGGUAUGUUGCAAAAUUACUCUCUUUUAUUGCUUUUUUUUUUUUCUUUUUCCUUUUUAAUUCACAUAGAGAUUUUGUGUCAAUUUUAUUAUUAUAUCUAUUUAUUAUUCAGCAUAUGGAUGAUUAGUUAAUGUCAUUCCUUUUUAAAUAUCCUUUAAUUUUCUUCUCUUUCUCCCAGUGAUCUUUGGUCAUUUUGUAGAUGCUAUUUUUUUUAUAUAUAUAUAUAUAUAGCAAUCAAUAUAAUUAAGAUUAAA